AUGAAGACUGUUUUGCAAUCAGCAGCCGGCGCCCUCGUGGCUGCCAACCUCGCUGCCGCCGUGGCAACUGGAGCAGCGGCGUCUUCAUCUGUGCCGCCGCCCACCGUGGUCAUGCCGCUGCACAUCAACUAUGGGUCAAACAACAAGAUUGCCACCAGUCUUUUGGUGCCCUACAGAGACACCAACAAGACCAUCGAGGUCUGCUACGACCUCGGUAGCCCCGACUUUUUCGUCUUUGGCCCCGACUCCAUCAUGAACUGGGGCUGCAGUGGCCUCGCCUGUCAGGGUCCCUGCAACGCUUCGGUUCCGGAGGCCGGCACCUAUGACCCGUCCCGCUCCGAGACCGCAUCGGACACGUACCCCUACAAGGCCGAGUAUGCCUACGGCGGCAACCUCAGCAAGUGGUACAAGGCCAGCUACCGCUACAACGACACGUUGACGUUUGUCGACACCAAGACUGGUCUGUCUUCGGGUCCCAUCGAAGGGGUGAACGUUGGCAUGCCCCAGUACUUGCAGCAACGCAUCUGGGAGGCUGACGGCUCGUGCGGAGCCACGCCUCUCUACGACUACUCCAUCCUUGGCAUCUCGCCCUACCACGUUGCGGACCCAGAGAACAACAUCCUACCAGUAACGGGCCCCUCGUUCCGCCAGAACCUCCUCGAGCAGGGCAAGGUAUCGGCCGCAGUGCAGUCUUUGUGGUUCGAGAAGCCACCCGCCGGCGUGUUUGACAUGUACACGGGCGUUGGUCUCCAAGGCGGCAUCGAUACUUCCAAGUACGAGGGUCCCCUGGUCAAAAUCCCGAGGAGGACACACGCCGAUGGCCUACCCUCCAACUACAACGAGUAUUACACGUACGCUGCCAACCUCUCGGUCAACGGCGAGAUACCCAUCCAGAUGCAGCGCAACGGUACUGGCGCAAAUAUGAAGCUGUGCAUCAUCGACUCGGGCGCCGUCUCGGACGGCCACAACCCGGUCGACCAGCAGGCCUACUUCAACGCGACUGGCCUGCGCCUGAACCCAAGCCACCCGGUGCCAUACCAGGGUGACCCCCUGUCGUGGCCGGGUCCCUGCGACAGCGUCCCCGCCGACAAGUUCAUCGAGUACAGCUUCGCGGGCGUCAACGAGGGCGAGUCCAUCUCGAUCAAGGUCCCCAUGCGCUCCUACGUCCGCUUCCAGAACCCGGUCGACGACGCCCUUGGAUGGUGCACCAUGGCCAUCACCCUCAACACUUGUGGUCUCAACACGCCGUUCCUGACGGCCGCGUUUUUCGCUGCCGACGACGAGCGCGAGGAGAUGGCUAUUGCCCGGGGUGCCUUUGUGGAGCAGGGCACACCCGUUGAUCAAUCGAGCGUUGUUUUGAGGAUUCCUUGA